AUGGAUCCAUCAUCUCCUUUAGAGCGCUCUCCGCACAAUUCCCCCGCCAUUCCAUCUACCUCGAGUAGCCUCAGCUAUCGUACAAGUCCCGGUCAACGAGAUUCAUCACCAAGCAUGGAUGCUCCCAUUCCCGACGAUCAACAUGGCGCUGAUUUACCCAUGAAUAUGACCGCAUCAGUCAUGCUGACUGGACUGCCUCCCGAUGCCCAUCAGGCUCUUGCGGAUGUGGAACGUAUCGAUAAUCGCAAAGUCACUGUUCGUUUUCAACCUUUGCCUUCCGCGCCGAUGCUCAAAACCCGAGUCUUCAAGGUCAGCGCGUCGCAGAAGUUCGAAACGGUGGUCAAGUUCCUUCGCAAGAAGCUAGACUGCAAGGACACGGACUCGGUUUUCUGCUAUGUUAAUAGCGUCUUUGCGCCCGGCCUCGAUGAGGGGGUCGGUGGGCUCUGGAGGUGUUUCAAAUCAGACGAUCAAUUGAUUGUCGCCUACUCAAUGACGCCGGCAUUCGGCUGA